AUGGGUGCAGGCUCAGUCAUUCUCCUAACUCUAAUGCUUGUAGUAGUGGUAACAGCAGGCGCGCCUGAGUCAGUAGAAGGCACAGAAGAAGAAUCUUGUAUAUCAUGGAACUGCGCUAGAAAGCGAGUCCUUCAACUCAGCAAAGAGGAAAGCUCACGAGAAAACGAAGACCGGUCUUUAGAUUCUGAUAAGUCCUGCAUCUCCUGGAAUUGUAGGCGAGAAAUGAUGCUUCGAAAUAGGUUCCUAGAUGCACAAAGGGCGGCAGCCGAUGCUGAACCAGAAGUAAAAAAGUCUAGUGAAGUCGACGCAGACGAAACACCGUGCAUUUCAGGACCGUGCAGACGCAAAAAACGAGAGGCCCAACGUUUAUCCAAACUACAGCCACAAGUUGAUAAAGACCCGGCGUGUCUCACAAAAGACUGUCGAACUGGGAAGCGAUCGCUCAAGAAACGUAGCGACAAAGAAAAUACCGCUCUAAUGGAAAAACUCCGGUUCGUGGCCAGCUCUAAGGAAAAGCUUGACGACCCUGGCUGUAUAGCAUGGCAUUGUAACGCUGGGAAACGACGAUAACUUGUGGAAGCAGUUGAAUGACAGGUAGUUUAAUACAUCAUUAUUAUUUUUAUUAUUAUUAACGCCUUGUUUUCUGUCAUUGUCACACGACUCAAAGGAGACGUAAGAUGCCAGACGUAGGCGGACGUUAUCUUGCCCCGCUAAGUAACGUCGGCGAAGCAGCUCCGAUAUCCUCGUUCUGGGACCCCAGCGGACUCAACUACCUGACGUGUAUUUCAAAUUUUCCUUCAACCUGAUGGGCUAAUCGACGAUGGCAUUUUUGACAGACCAAUCAUGGCGCGCACUCAAAUCCGGGUACACAGCUACGGUCCAGAACAAGGCAGACAAACUUAACCAGAAGUUUAGUUCCGUCUGUGUCGCAGGCUACUAAUUUUGUCGCCUACGCAAGACGCUCUGUUUAUGCACAGGUGGUCAUGCGCACUAGUUUAAACCAUGCCCUUGGGGGACAUCGACGGUUCCACUUCAUCUCACCACCCACCCCAUCCCCCUUACCUAUGUAUUUGGUAUGAAAAAGUCAUUGAACUGCCCGCCCCUAACAGACAACAAUAUUUUGCUCGGACCUGUUCACUAACUGUUUAAUACUUUUUUAUUCAUUUCUUUUUUCAGAACGAAGAUCAAUCUUGAUUUCCUGUUGUUAUCAUACUUCUCCAGGAAUGUUCACUUUUAGUUUUCGGAAAUGCAGUUUGAAGAACUAAUGUUAAACGACGUGUGAUGCACCAAACGAUUUCUACAAAAUGUUGUUCAAGACACUCGGUUUAAUUUCAUUCUAAAAUGCGGCUAAAAUAGGCAAGGACGAUAGACCUGAAGGAUAUACAUUGUAUCACAAGGAAAAAAUAACACUUAGGAAACUGAAUAUUAAGAGUUGUAAGUUAUUUCACCGCAGAGCACGUAAGGU